CGCAAGAGCGCCCCACAGCUACCACAAAGUAACGAAGCAUUUUGCUCGCCGGUAAAUUCUGGGAGGUCAUGAAAUAACUCAGUUCCUCGGUCACUUGACAAAGUUGUUGAUGCAUUGUAAACAUCUUCCUUUUGUAAAGACGUGCUUCGAGAUAAAACGUGUUUGUGUAUAAAGGCAGAGUGGAACUCACGUGAAUCUCAUAUACAAUUCUUCAUCGCUCGGAGAAUUCAGCAGUUUCUUACAACAGUUAGCCGGUAGUCUAACAUGGCGAACUUGGAGCUACGGAAGUUUGGUCAGGAUUUCGAAAUGAAAGACUUCAUAGGGCAGGGAACCUUUGCUAAAGUGUUCAAAUGCAUGGAGCGAAAGACAGGUGAAUGUUUUGCAGUCAAAGAAUUUCAAACUGAAGGGGCUAAUUUUGACAGAGAAGUAGUCAAAAACGAAGUGGAAAUUUGGAGGACUUUACAGCAUCGCAACAUUGUCUCAUUAUACAAACGCUAUUAUGAAAACGGCGGGCACAUUUGGGUGGUGCUAGAAUUCGUGAAUGGAAAAACUAUUUUGGACGAAGUUGUAAAUAAGACUGUUUUCACUGAAGAAGAAACUCGAGGAAUAAUGGAACAGCUUAUUGAAAGCCUCAAGUAUCUUCACCGGAAAAGGAUUGUUCAUCGAGACAUCAAAGCCGAUAAUAUCCUUCUCGAAAAGAGAGAAGGUAAACCCGUCGUAAAACUUACAGAUUUUGGACUAGCGCGGCGACUUCCAGUGGAUUGCGACGUCAUCAAAUGUAGAGCGGAAGGCACGCCUCUAUAUCUUGCGCCGGAAACAAUCUUAGCGGACCCUAUCGGUCCAGCGGUUGACAUAUGGGCAUGCGGAGUAAUUCUGUUUUUAUUACUCGUGGGCUAUCCGCCAUUUUGGCACAGCGAUGAUAGGAAAUUGAUGUUACUUAUUGUCGAAGGAUGUUACAGCAUGCCUGCGCGCUACUGGGACCGAGUGUCGGAUGACGCAAAAGAUCUUGUGAAACGAUUGUUAGUGGUUUAUCCUCACAAACGAGUAACUGCUUUCAAGGCAUUAAACCAUCCGUGGAUCUCAGACUUUGAGGAAAAUGAGGACAAGGGAAUCGAAACCUAUACAAGGAGUCUCGUUUCAAGAUAACAUAAUUUCAAUUAAUGUAUAAUUUUUUCAUUACAGCGUUCUUUCCCAUCAUGUUUCAAUCGUUGAAUCCAUUAAGUGUUGUUAUCCGAAUUUCGUCCGCAAGACUUGGUUAGGGAGACAGAAGACUGCCUAACUUCUUAGCUGAGUUUGUAAAUAGGGGAAAUAAUUUUCAUUAAAACACAUUUUGAGAUUUUGCUGUUCUGACAUUUCCACCU